AUGGGCCCCCUCAGCAGCUGUCUCUUCUGCAAGACCAAACCCUGGAACGAGAAGGAGCUCGAACUCCUCAACUGGUACAGCGUGCACAUGAACGGCCGACUGGAUACGUGUAUCUGCACCUGGCACAAUCGGAAACAAAUCCAGCUGCUUCCUGAUGUUCGCCAGUCGAUUGUUCAGGAAUCGAGACGACGGACGACACCGCUCGGCGAGCUGAGGAUGAGAGUCUUUAUGGACCAUUAUCGUGGGAUGCAGGCCGAUCGGAAGAAGUCUGCACGGUGCGUCGUGAUGUGA